AUGCUUCAUGCGCUACGAACCUGGCACGAGAGCGGCUACUGCCAUGGCGACAUUCGGUGGGAGAACAUGGUGUAUGUCCCCAGUCAGGAGUUCAUUCUAGAUCUAGACGUGGUAUAUCGGCACCCUGGUUACUGGAUGCUCGUCAAGUUGGAGUCGCCACGCCGGUCGAGUAUUUUGAUGCAGGAGCAGGAUUCCGCCAGCAAGUUCACUUGUCAGUCAGACUUGUUCCACUUGGGCACACUGAUGAAGACGCUUGAAUUCCCCUUGACGCACCGACUGCUGUGGAUUCAGCAGAAGCUGCUUUCAGCUCGCGACAGGACUGAAGCGGUGACGGCCAAGAAAGUGCUCGCGAAGCUGAAUCGGACGAAGAAGUGUCAAUCGGAUGACCUGCAGAGCGUUGCGAACGUGCUUCUUCUACCGGCGCUUCACACUCCCGAAAUGACGCCCGAAUCGAUGCUGGUGAUGAUGAAGGAAAUGGUGCCACCCGCCCAGGUGAAGGCGGCAGAGUCGAGCGGUCAGGCAAGUCGGCCUUCGCGAUCUCUGUCACUCUACUAG